CAUGUCGAUUCGGAUUUGGCAGCAUGGAUUGCUCCUGUGGGCCGACACGGAGUUUGAUUGAUCAUUAUCCGAUUAGUGGUUGUCCUCCGCGUCUGAAAGUCGGUGACUGUGAUAUAUAGUGCGAAACACUCACCGACCAGACGACCUGCAUAAAUGGAAAUUUUGCUGGGGUUUGCUUUGUCGGGGCACCCUACGCCUUACAACUUAUAUGGAGAAAACCGUUGAAAAUUACAAGAUACCUCGACUUCUCCCGAUGAUGCGGUACGUUCUCCGAUUAGCUUGUGCUUGGACGGGCAUCGUUCUGUGGAAUGCAGUCCCUGUUGCAGGUGUAGGUUGUAGUGUUAUUAGUAAGUAUUCAUUUCGUAAACUCUUGAGUAUUAGAGGGUUCUUUACGCUUGCCAAAGCAGUAUUCUACCCAAAAUUUGCAACGACAAUGCCCGGCUUCACUGCCUAUGGCUCUAUGUGUUGGCUUAUAUACCGGUUGUCAUACGCCAGGGCUCACACUGGCUCGAAUGGAUGAUCUGUUGUCAGUCUUCAGAGCUUACUACCCCCAUCUGAUGUCAUAGUUGAAUUCGAACUGUCACAGGCCGAUGGCCUGGCCUCGACUGUAUAUAGGCAUGAC